GGCCCCUGAGCAGUGGCCCCGCGCGUCGGACGCCCCCCUCCCCCGAGCCCCCACGCCGGGUCCCGCUGGAGCUGCGCCGGAGGGGGCCGGGGGCGCACCCCUCCGAGAAAGCGCCGGCAGGACAGCCUGUCCUCUGGCGGCCCGGGGGUGUGUGCAGCAGCGGCAGGCGGAGGGGCUGCCGGCCGCAGAGGAGCGAGAAAGGGCCGCCGGCGGAGGCAGCGGCUGCGGCUGCGGCUGGGCAAGAAGAAGCAAGUCCCAGCUCGGAGGCUCGUGCUCGCUGGCUUUCCCGGUGCCCACCCUCCGCAGUCGCCAUGGCUCGCCGCUCCCAGAGUUCCUCCCAGGGCGACAACCCCCUGGACCCCAACUACCUGCCGCCCCACUACAAGGAGUAUUACCGCCUGGCCCUCGAUGCGCUGGCGGAGGAAGGCCCGGAGAGCUACCUGCGCUUCCUGGCGGAGGAGGGCGUCCCGGAGUUCCUCUGCCCCUCCGAGGUGGACCACAUCACCCAGCACCUGCAGAAGCCCCAGUCUGCCCCCCAGGAGGGCGGGGGCAGCACGGACUCCGGCCCCCACGACACGGACAUGGAUGGCUCCUCGGGGACGUACUGGCCCAUGAACUCGGACCUUGCCGUCCCGGAGCUGGAUCUGGGCUGGCCAAUGGUCUUUGGCUUCCGGGGGACGGAGGUGACGACGCUGGUGCAGCCCCCACCUCCGGACAACCCAAGCAUCAAAGAGGAGGCGCGCAGAAUGAUCCGUGCUGCACAGCAGGUGGUCGCCAUAGUGAUGGACACUUUCACGGAUGUGGACCUGCUGAGCGAGGUGCUGGAUGCAGCUGCCCGGAGAGUCCCUGUCUACAUCCUGCUGGACGCGAUGAACGCCCAACUCUUCUUGGACAUGGCUGCCAAGUGCAGAGUGAACCUCAACUAUGUGGAGUUCCUGCGGGUGCGGACAGUGUCCGGCCCCACCUACUACUGCCGCACAGGCAUGUCCUUCAAGGGGCACGUGAAGGAGACGUUCCUGCUGGUGGACUGCAUGGUGGUGCUGAGUGGCAGCUACAGCUUCAUGUGGUCCUUUGAGAAGAUCCACCGGAGCAUCGCCCAUAUCUUCCAGGGGGAGCUGGUGGCCAGCUUUGAUGAGGAGUUCCGCAUCCUUUUUGCACAGUCGGACCCCUUGGUCCCUCCUGCCAAUGUCUUGAUGAAGGCAGAGGCCUCCCUGGGGCCCUUCGGCAUGGGGCCCUUUGGCAACCACUUGUCCUUCUUCCCCCCCAAACCACCCCACAUGCUGUUUCCUCGUGAGGACCACCUUUUCUCACCAUUUGUGGACAGAGUGGAUCCGGACAGGCACUUCCUAUCUUCUUUCCGAAGAGACGACUUGAUGCGCCACACCUUGGAGGGUCCGGCCAUGCGGAUGUAUUCCAAGAAGGUGGAAAUGGAGAACUCCCAGAUGGACCCUGUCCGGGGCUUUCUCCGCUCCAAGCAGCUGGAGAUGGAUUCCUUUAAAAGGCACAGCUUUGCAGAAGGAACCUUUGAGAACUUUGCUUCUUCAAAGCAGUUUUCCAGGCAGAUGUUCAUGAACAAUUUGGAUGAAUUUAAAAUCCAGUCCAGCCAUUUUCAGAAGGACCAAUUUUAUCAAUAUCAGUUUGAACACCCACAUGGUGCUAACAGGCCUCAGGGGCUCUUUGAAAGAAUCCGAGGUGGGAGGCUGGGAAUCAACGAGCCAGAGGACUGUGUGGAUGGCUUCAGGUAUCCAGAACUGGAGUCCCAUUUUCCCCAGGAAGGCCACCCACUGCGGCUGGAUUAUGUGCCUUCUCAUUCUUCCAAGGAGGUGAGGCAUGGUUCAGACCAGGUGAAUCCAGGAGGGAAUGGAUUUCUGGGGCUCUCGUCCCUCAGAAGGCAAAACAUGGGACAGAAGUUUAUGUGCCAGACAUCCCCAACACAGAAGCAGAGCCUGGAGCAAAAGAUGUUCCUGCAGGACCAUGACCAGGAGGAAGGUCAAGGCAAGAAAGUGCAGGAGAACAGGGCAGGCUUGCGUAACUGGAGGGUUUCAUCGUACCUGAGUGGGUGCCCGUCUGAGCCAGGGGAGGAAAGCCUCCCAGUGCCAAUGGAGCCAGAUGCCUAUAAUGAGGGGCUUGGUCCUCCAGAGCCUCUCACCAGGUACCCUAGUGACCUCAUCCCUUCAUUCAGACCCUCACCGCCACUUGUAAGUGCUAAAGAGAUUGCUGGAGUUGAGAGGCCAGGUGAGGAGAUGCCUUCAGGGAAGCUGGAUCCCUUCAGGAGCAGGAUCAAUCCCUUGAUCCAGAGGAGCUCCCGUCUCAGGUCUUCGCUUAUUUUCAGUGCGGCCAAGUUAGACCAGCAAAACCCGUCAACUGAGAGAGUCCAGCUGAUCCAUAAAGAGCAGACUUCUAGUGAGACAACAAAAGAGAACGAAACAGUCAAGACCUCAUCCACCUCGAAAGUAGCUGAGUUGCUAGAGAAGUACAGGACUGUGGGCAAAGACUCGGAAAGUACAAUGGUCAGUCAGACAAAGGCCAUGUCUGCUUUUCUCCAGGAGGAGUCCCAGAAUGCAGAGAAGAAAUGCACCAAGUCCGUGCAGUACAAGAUUCUGGAGAGCCGAGUGCUGGACUCCAAAGACGCCUUCAGUGAUUAUAAGCUGUACCCAGAGCCAGAUGGGCACGUGGGGGUGUCCCCCUCAGCCGGCCAGCUCACAGAUGCUCUUGGCAAAGAUGCCAUCGUGCAGGUUAGCAGUAAGAUGGACAAGCUCUCUUCUCGGUUCUACCCAACAGACAACAUGCCCAGCCUUCCAGAGAAGGAGAGCCUCAUAUUUGUUGGAGAAACACAGAAACUUGCUCUUCCAGAAAGGAAGGAGAAACUCUUGUUCAAAGGAGAUGCACAGAAUCCAGCUGGGACAGAAUUCAAGACAUUGGCACAAGCACAGACUAGCGCCCCCUCAUCCCUUGAAAGUCCUUCCAAGACCCAGGGCUCUUCCGACAGCUCUCUCAAUAAGCCAGAGGAAGAAGUCUGUAAGCAGGAGCAGAGUCCACGAGAGUUUUUUAGGAAGGGAUCCCUGAGGCUGAAGCAGCUGUUGAGCCCCAAAGGAGAGAAGAGGCCUGAAGAAGAAACCGCCCCUGACAGCUGGAAGUCAGACAAGCAGAGUGUGGUUGGCCUCAAGCGAUUGUCUAAGGGCGAAUACCAAGAACCCAUCGCGGAGGAGAAGUCUCCAAAGCCGGCCUCACUCCUCAAGGGGACUCCGGCACUUCCGCCUCGGUUCCCCUCGUCUGCAGCCAACGUCCUCUACAGUAGCAACCUCCGGGACGACACGAAGGUCAUUCUGGAACAAAUUUCUGCCAACAGUCAGAAGAACCGAGCUGAGCUGGCCAGGCAGAUCCCAGUGGGGAGCAACCCUGAGCUGUCCAAGUCCACCACCAGCUUGGACCGCAAAGGUGAAGAGAGAAGCACAGGGAUCAUCAGGUCAGAGAGCUUUAGCAGUCACAAGCACAACCCUCCCAGGGAGCCUUCCGAAGACCGCGACUCUCUUCUGAAAAGGAUGGAGAGCAUGCGGAAAGAGAAGCGGGUCUACAGCCGCUUUGAGGUCUUCUGCAAAAAGGAUGAGCCAGGCAUGGAGGAAUGUGAGCCGGACGCCAAAGACAAGAAGAUGGGCAAGUUCAUGCCCAAACUCCUGGGCCAGUUCAAAGCCAAGAAGUGACUGUCCAGCUGCUGCCCACCCUUCCGCCUGCCUGGGACAGAGGUUGAUGUGGAGGGCCUGCUCAACAGGCUGGGCUGGUGGCUGGGUGGCAGGGGAACUGCAGGCCACCUGAAGUGUGACUCAUGACCCUGACAUGCUGUGGUGGGAAUAAACUGUGCAGUAGGAGGCACAGUUCCCAAAUAAGUUUCCGCUUGCUUGGGAGAGCCCCAGCACCAUCUUCUCAGAGCAGCUGUUGCGACAAUGGAUGGGGAAAACCCCUCUCUGCUCAUCUGGCAGGAAGGGGCCCGGGGCUGCUGCUUCCAGGUUACACUCCAGCCUUCAGUGCCCCCCACAGCAAGGUGGCUGCACUCAUUCGGCCUUGACCAGCACUGACCCCCUCCGGCCCCACUGAAACCAGAUCUUUUCCUUGGGGCCUGUGCAGUUGCCUUCUCCGAAGUCCGACCCUUGCUCAGUUGCCGAGGUCAGUCUUGGCUCCACUGACUGGCAGCGGCUCUCCAAGGUCUCCAGCACUCCCCAGAGAUGCUGCCAGGAACUGAGCCCAGCUUCUUCUGCAUGCAGAGCGGGGGCUGCUCUCCCACUGAGCUACACCCCACCCUCCCACCCCCAGGGGAUGUGUGAGGCUGAGGCAACUGGGAGGUGACCACAAGUGGCUCUGCAUGGGGCGGUGGGUGGUGGCAGCACUGGGAGGACUAGGUCAGCAGAGCUGGACCUCCUCCAGUGCAGCGUCCAGCAGCCAGUCAGGGCCAACAAGGCACAGGAUGGGAGGAAACGGAAAGGCGGGAGCAGUAGCUGCGCUCUGAGGAAGAGGGGCCAUCGCUGUAGCAUCGCGGCUGCUCCCCCACCCUUCUCUUUGUCACCCACCUGCUAGCUUGCCUCAUUCUCUCUGAGAUGGUCAACUGUGCCUGGAUUGUACCAUUCCAGGGUGGGGGUAGGCUCACAUGACAAUGGAAUGUUCCUCCAUACAAAAACAUGCCCUCCGUGUGAUACCCUGACCAACCCCCAGGACAGUGCCGAGGAGGGUCCCUACACUCUGCUUCCUGCUCCAGCCCCAGGGUGGGGGGCUGGUCUUGAGGUGGUGGUGAUGCUGCUGAGCGCUCCAGGCAUCAUAUAGCAAGGGACCGACAGAGGCACUCCUUUUGGAGCAGGGCACGGGGGAGUGCCAAUGGCAGCACCUCGCAGGAAGCCGAGGAAGGGGCUACCUGAGCAAACCUGCUGGUGUGGGGGGGCGGGCGGGCGGUGGUACCUUUUUUGCUCAAAUAGAAUGCAUCCAUGCUCUCAAGAGGACUGCUGAUUCUGCACUAGGAUAAAUCACAAAUGCUGUGGUGGGAAUAAACGUUGCAAUUCUUUGUAUGGUU